GUGAAGGCUGAGGGAGGAUCAGGGCUGGACCGCUGGAGACUCACCCCUGCCUUCUAUGGCAAAACCCAGCCUUCUCAUGAAAUGAGUCACCAGAACAACACAUGCAGUGAGUACAGAGCACAAAGUCUGCAUGUGUCUACAGCAAGCACAAACAGAAAGAUCACAGGAGUCACUGCACAUCUACAGAAUCUGAUCAUCGAGACUUCAUAGAACAGCUAUUGUAAGUGAAGUACACAAUACAGAGCAGAGGAUCAACUGUUGUAGACGACAGCAAAGAGAGAAAGCAGAAUCGUGUCAAGAUGUUGACGGAUGAGGUUACACAGGUGCAGGAGGUGAGAUACUGUCUGAAAACUCUGAGAGAGCAAAUGGCAGCCAGACAAAACAAUAACAACAAUAAUAAGAUUCCAUCCAAUGGCUUUAAAGUUGAUGUGCUUGUCAGCAAAGCCAAUGGCUCCAAUGGAUUUGUGAACGGCUCUUACUCCAAAUGUCCGGGUCAGGAGGAUGAUGGAAACUCUUUAGCCUUGAGAGAAGUCACUAAACAUCUUUACACUCGUCUGCAAGAGAUGGAGAGGAGACACCAGGAGGAGAAAGAGAGACUACAGGCGGAAAACACUGAAUAUCAGCGACGGUUUUUAGAGGAGCAUACCUCCCGCAUACAGAAGGCAGAAACCAAGGCAGAGGAACAGGGCAAAAAGGUGGAAGAGAUGCAAAAACUUAUGCGUGGUUUGGAGCUGGAAAAUGGCACGCUACGAGAAAAAUUGGCUGCUAGCGAGGCUGAACUCGAGAAACUGCGAGGACUGAAGAAAACGGAUAGUGAGGACAGGUCUGAACAACUGAAAAAGGAGCUGGCAACUCUGAAGGAUAAGAACCACAACUUAGAUGACAUGCUCAAAAGUCAACAAAGGAAAGUCAGGAACAUGAUCGAACAGGUGCAAAAUUCACGAACCAUAAUGGAACAAAGAGACCGGGUAAUCGGCGACCUCAAAGAGAGAGUGGCUUUCCUCGAAGCUGAGAAUAGAGAGAUCCAUGACCGGAUGGAGUUUUAUUUGGACAACCAAGUGUCUAAACCAUAUAACUCAGACAUGGGGUCCAAGGUUAUCUACAGCAAACCUCUGACGCCAACAAGUCCUGGAAACAAGUCUAUGCCAUUCAUUAAAGUGGUUGAGAUCAAGUCCUGAACAACAGAUGAAGACAGCUAAUGAAGAGAGAGAGAGAGACAGGUUGAGUGAGAGACACAUUGUAAAAGAAGUAACAAAUAUUCCUUCUUUCUCAACAUUUAUGCAACAUCUUCGAGUAGCACUUGAGGUAUCUUUAUAUAUAUAUAUAUAUAUAUAUAUAUAUAUAUAUAUAUAUAUAUAUAUAUAUAUAUAUAUAUAUAUAUAUAUAUAUAUAUAUAUAUAUAUAGUGCUUUGUAUAUGGAAAUAUAAUUGAUUUGCAGAUCAUAUACUGCAUUUUUAUACCUUAAGCAACUUUAUUAAUAGUUGUAAGUUGUAAUAGAUGUAAGUGGUGAUAUUCAUAUUUCCUACAGAUCUGUCAAUAUAUCUGUUUCAUGUAUAGAAUCUAAUAAUGCAGUCAUUUUUAUCAUCGUCUACAUCAUUACGCUUACAUUACGCUUGCGUUACCAAGGCAACAACUGACGCAUUUGUAUUACAUUCCAAAGAGCUCCGUUAUCAGCACUACAUUGGAAAAUGAAACCAUAUCUAUGCUCACUGCAUGGAAAGGAACGGUUAAGCAAAGAGAACCGUUCAGCCAGAUAGUGGAAAAGCUACUGUUUUUUAUCAGAUUUUAGUAGGCUAAUCUGAUAAAGCCAAUUAAUGUAUUCUGUAUAUCUUAAAAUCCAUAACAAAUGAUAUUUCUGUGCUUCUUAUGUAUCUGUGUAUGUACAAAUACUCUAAUAUACAGUUCUGAAUUUACUGUACCUUGCAAAGCUGUCUUUUCCCUUUGGGAACUGUAAUUGUAUUGUGUUUUGAAUAACUUUUUUUCCUGUUACUGUAUUCAGUGCUCAACUCUACCUUUCCACCCAUCUCUUAUUAAAUGUGAAAAAUGUGUUACUGUAGAUGGAACCGUAGAGCAAUGCACAUUUCUCUGGUAUUGUGUUUUACUUGGUAUAUGUAUUUAUCUUUUAAGGCCUAACAAUAAAAAGUAUUUAAGUUUGCUCACAA